AUGGCCUCUGUUCUGACUGUUGGUCUUGGUGUUGGCGUCGCGGCUUUUCUGGGCCGUGCCGGUCUGGUCGCCUACCGCCGCUCCAGCGCAGGUGUCAACGCUGCCGGAAAGGCAUUCUACAAGGGAGGAUUCGAGCAGCGCAUGACCCGUCGGGAAGCCUCCCUGAUUCUCCAACUUGCUGAACGAACCUUGACCAAGGACAAGGUGCGCAAGAACCACCGCCAACUCAUGCUGCUCAACCACCCCGAUCGCGGCGGCAGCCCAUACUUGGCCACCAAGAUCAACGAAGCGAAGGAAUUCCUCGACAAACACACUUGA